AUAACUAUAUCUCUCACUUCCCUUUAGGAAGGCAGACUUUUCAAGUAAUCUCUCAUGAAAUGUGUCAAGAAACUAUUGUCAUUGCCGAGGGACAGUUUUGCAGAAAGUAUGAGCCACAUGUCGGGGAACACACAAAGGACUUUAGUGAAAUGUGACCUCUUUAUUCCUACAGGGGAGACGAAUGGCAGCUUUAGGCUGUGUCUGCUUACUGGCUUCACUACUGUCUCUGGCAUUAGCUGUGGAACACAUGCCUCAUGCAGGCCAUAGUGGGGAGACAGACACCUACUAUGUGAGUGCCGGCCACUUGUUUCUGUUGAAGUGCCGCCAUGCUGAGGCUCAUGUCAAGGUGACAUGGAGCAGAGGAGACAGCGACAACGCGAGCCUCCCCGAUGGAGUUGAAGUCAGGGAUGGGUUACUAUGGUUUCUACCUGUGCAGAUGUCUCAUUGUGGAAUCUACACCUGUGAGAAAAGGGAUGAAACUGGAACAUUGUGGAGGAGGUUUCGAGUGUCAGUGUCCAGAAGAGAGUGCCCUGAUCCACCUGAGAACAUAAUCACUACAAAGGGACUGAAUGUAGGUCUUCCAUGUAAGCAGACAGAAAUCUUCAGCCUGAAUGCCACAAAAAGCGUUCGAUGGAUGAAGGACUGCCAUUCAAUGCAACAUGAAGAUGAGCCCAGUGUGGAUAAACAAGGCUUAAUAAGACUGUCAUCCGUCUCAGAGGGAGAUGCUGGGAAAUACACCUGCCUCAUAGACAUAAGCGUGGAUGGCAGGACGUAUACUACAGCACGCAGCAUCCAGUUAACUGUUAAUAAUGAUCUUCCAGAAGUUUUUCCAGAGCUCCAGGUAGUCAGCCCUCAACAGGAUGAGAUCAUAGUUCAAGUAGGUAUGAGAGCGGAGAUAUUGUGUUUAGUCUACGUAGGCUUCAGCGAGGAUCCAGAGAUCUACAUGUUCUGGACUCUUAACAGGAAUUUCAUAGAAGACUACAAGGAGUUCAAUCAGACCUGGAAGUUUAUUCAUGACAGAGGAAAGGUCUAUGGUCUGUCCACUCUGACCAUCUCUAAAGUACUUCCUGACUUCUUGAACGUUCCCAUUUAUUGCCAUGUCAUAAGCCCGGCUGAGGAGAAGGUUGGCAUGGCCUUGCUAAAAGAAGCUGACCACAGCGCCUUCUACAUGAGUCUGACUCUCUGUCUGGCAGCCUCGGUGGCUCUUCUGGUUUUGGCUGCUACUUUUUUCUUCUUUAGAGUGGAGCUGAUUUUAGUUUACAGGAAACUGACAGCACAUGUAUUAAAACAAGAAGAUGGAAAGUUUUACGAUGCCUAUGUGAACUUUCUCCAACCUGACACUCUGAGCUUGGAAGGGGCAGCAAGGUUUGCCUUGGAGAUUCUGCCCACAGAGUUGGAGCAAAAACAUGGUUACUCCCUUUACAUCGGAGGACGGGAUGAUUGCCCAGGAGAAGCAAUGCAUGAUGCCUUUGCUACUACAAUACGUCAGUGCCGCAGGCUGAUCAUCAUCUUGUCACCAGAUGGCAAAACAAAAGAAAUGUCACCUUUAUGUGAAAAGCAGCAGUGGUACGAGCAGAAAGUUGGCCUUCAUGAUGCUUUGAUGCAUAAUGAUCCCAAAGUAAUUCUGGUGGAAGUAGAUGGUCCAGUGGAUUACAGUCACCUGCCAGAGUCUCUGCACUAUAUCAAGAGGAAACAAGGAGCUCUUAGAUGGAAGAAAGCCUUUGGAAGUAGAAAACCCACCAAAUUUUACUCAAACAGAAAUUUCUGGAAGAAUCUGAGGUAUCACAUGCCUCCGGUGUCUGCAAAACAUUGCCAGACUAUUGUCUAAACUCCCUGAUAGUCCAUCUUGGAUGUCCUGUUUAUACGACUCGGGCCUCUUUCCUGGAAAAUCUGGAACACUUCUGUUGUUUUUACCGUGGAGACCAGAUGCUUACAUUAAAAUGUAAUUAAACAUGCCUUUCCUGUUAUAUAACUAUAAUAAAUAAACGGGACUGGUUACCUUG